AUGCAGAUCAUUCUCAAGAAUCGAAAUCGCUUCUUCGCGGUGGCGCUCUGGAGCGGCGUGACGACCGUGGUAAUGUUUUGGCUGGUGAUGCGCCGCACUGGCUUCAACACUGCCUACAGUCGGUGCACCUACCUGGUGAUGAUGGGGGAGUAUAAGCAGCUGCUCGAGCCUGGCGCAUUCCCGAGCAACGAGCGCCUUCCACCUCACCUUCGGCUUGACAGGCUUUCUUACUUGGACUUGCCCGAUACGGAGAUUGCGCUGCCACCGGUGAUUGAUGUUAGCAUCUCGGACAGAGAUCAGGUGACACGGUUAGAGAGCCAGCUACCCUCGACGGAGCGGUCGGACUUGCAUGUGCACUUUGGGCCGUUCCAGUCGCAAACGAUCAUCAUGACGUCGAGCUCGAACGAGCGGUACGUGCGGCGGAGACUUGGGUUGUCCGAAAAGGAUCGUAAAAGCCUGGAGGUCGAGGAGCGGCAAGUGCUUGAGCGGGCGCGGACUUGA